UCCAAUUAAAAUGGGUUCUUUUGCAUCUCAUUUCUACUUCCUUCAGGUGUGACUGUCAGUCUCUGGCCCAGACUCUCAGUCUCCAGACCUGGCGCUUUCUAGGGGAGGCAGACCCGAGAGCCUUCAUAGUCACAGGUCUGAACUUGACACUUCACACUAAAUACCAUGGCCCUGGCCAGCAACCCACGGGAGGCAUUGCUUUCGGCCUUGAGUGACCUUGAUGAAAAUGGCUUCAAGAUAUUCAAGUUCCACUUACGGGACAAAACACUGCUUGAGGGUCAAACGCUGGCCCGAGGGGAGCUGGAGGGCCUGAGUCGAGUGGACCUGGCUUCUCGGCUGAUUUUGAUGUACGGAGCACAGGAGGCCGUGAAGGUGGUGCGCAAGGUGCUAAUGGUCAUGAACUUUUUAGAACUUGCGGACCAGCUCAGCCACAUUUGUCUAAAUGAUUACAGAGAAAUAUACCAAGAGCACGUGCGUGGCCUAGAGGAGCAACAAGAAGAGGGAGUUCACCGAGGCUACAAUCAGCUGCUCCUGGUGGCCAAGCCCGGCUCAGCGAGCUCCAUGCUGGAGCAGGAGCUGGACUCUGUCACGGUGGAGGCUCUGUUUGAUUCAGAGGAAAAGCCUGACCAAGACCCACCCACAGUGGUGCUACAGGGGUCCGCUGGUGCUGGGAAGACAACACUGGCAAGAAAAAUGGUGCUGGACUGGGCCACCGGCACCCUGUACCCAGGCCGGUUUGAUUAUGUCUUUUACGUGAGCUGCAAAGAAGUGGUCCUGCUGCCGGAGGGCACACUGGACCAGCUCCUCAUCUGGUGUUGUGGGGACAACAAGGCACCUGUCGCAGAGAUCCGGAGGCAGCCGGAGCGACUCCUGUUCAUCCUGGACGGCUAUGACGAGCUGCAGAGGUCCAAAACGGUGAGGCUGAGGAGGUGCGGGCCCAGCCGCACGGAGGACAUGCUGCGCUGUCUGAUUCGGAGAGAGGUGCUUCCCACGUGCUCCCUUCUCAUCACCACGCGCCCCCUGGCUUUGCGGAACCUGCAGUCCUUGCUGAAACAACCGUGCCAUGUGCACGUCCUGGGCUUUUCUAACGAAGAGAGGGAGAAUUAUCUCAACUCCUAUUUCACCGACGAGGAGCAAGCCAAGAAGGCCAUCGACUUUGUACGUGGAAAUGAAGUUCUCUACAAAGCGUGCCAGGUUCCAGGCAUUUGCUGGGUAGUUUGCUCCUGGCUGAAGGAGCAGAUGGAGAGAGGCAGAGAGGUCUCAGAGACCCCCAGUAAUGGCACGGACAUCUUCAUGGCCUACGUCUCCACCUUCCUGCCACCCAGUGACAAGGAGGGCUGCUCCGACCUUACCCGAGACCAGGUCCUAAGUGGUCUGUGCUCCUUGGCAGCUGAGGGGAUCCAGCACCAGAGGUUCCUGUUUGAAGAAGCGGACCUCAAGAAGCACAGUUUAGACGGGCCCAGCCUUGCUGCUUUCCUGAGCAGCCACGAUUACCAAGAGGGACUUGACAUCAAGAAGUACUACAGCUUCCGCCACAUCAGCUUCCAGGAAUUUUUUCAUGCCAUGUCCUACUUGGUGAAAGAGAACCGGUGCCGGUUGGGGGCAGGGUCCCUCAGGGAAGUGAAGAGGCUGUUGGACAAGGAGCAGGAGGGGGAUGAGCUGACCCUCACUAUACAGUUUUUAUUGGACAUAUCGAAAAAAGAGAGCUUCUUGAACUUCGAGCUAAUGUUCCAGUUCAAAAUUCCCCCCUCCAUAAAGCAGGACCUGAAGACUCUCAAAGAACAAAUGAACUCCAUAAAGCAUAAUAGGACCUGGGAUUUGGAAUUCUCCCUGUAUGAGUCUAAAAUGAAGGACAUGGUAAAGGCUGUCCAGAUGAAUACCACAGUGAUUAAGAUGGAACGUUCUAAUGAAAAGAAAACCGAAAGCAGGAGCUUAGUUUGUGUCAAAGCCAGCUUGAGUGAUGAAAAGAAAGAGGAGAAAAAAAGUCCAGCUGUGGAUGAAGGUGAUACAGCAGGGACACAAAAGAAGGCUUCUAAUGGAAAAGGCAGAGGGAAGAAGAACUAGAGACAGGGAGGGUAGAGGUAGGAGGGCAGGAAGCACAGAAAUGGAGACACUGGCGCUGAAGGACGAUGGUGGGGUGGAGAGACAGAGGACGGGGGAAGACAGUAGAAAGGAAUGGAGAGAUGUGAGAUUAGAUUAACGGGCACAAGGACCGGAAAGACAGAGGAGCAAACAGAAAAGGGAAGUAGAUAGGGGAUUGGAAGACUUGGAACAAAGGGCGUGGGGAAAAACCAUGUGGAAUGAGUCCUUAGGAAUAACACGUGUCAACAAUGGCUCAAGUUUAACUAUUUAGCACUGACCCCCUACUCUAAGGCUGUUUGUAACUUCCCAAAAUGUAGAGUCUUAUGAGAAUCUGACAUUUGACUUUUUCCUGUUAGAUAAACUCCUUAAUGUAAUAAAAUGUGGAUUGUGCUUAUUCUGUAAGUUUGGGUAACAUGAGGCAUACCAGUGUCAACGUUGAAAGGAAAU